AUGUUCUGCCUCGUGGUGUUCGCAACGCUCCUGCUGUUCUCGCUAGCGUUUCUCAGACGGUCCUCGAGUCGCCAGAACGAUCUCUCGCUGGAGUGGGAAACCGGCCGGCGAAAAACGAGGCAGCCUUUUAAGCGGUCUCCGGAAUUUUACGAAUACUACGGCGUGACGUCAUCAGAGGACUACUUCAUAAACUCGCGAGGCGUCGAGCUCUUUACGAAGCAAUGGCUUCCCGUCGACGGUCGUCUGCGCGGCGUGGUCUUCUACUGCCACGGCUACGGCGACACCUGCGCAUACGCGUUUGAGGACGUCGCGAUACGGCUGGCCGCGUCCGGUUACGCGGUGGAAUCGUUGGAUUACGAAGGGUUUGGCCUGUCUGCGGGAUUGCACGGGUUUAUUCCGCGAUUCGACAAUCUCGUGGAUGACGUUACGGAAUUCACUGCAUCGCUGAGAGCUCGGCCGUCCCUCGCGCACCUCCCGUUCUUUCUCUACGGCGAGUCCAUGGGCGGAGCAGUGGCGCUCCUCACGCAUCUCCGCCAGCCGUCGUCGUGGCAGGGCGCAAUCCUUGCCGCUCCCAUGUGCAAGAUCGCGCCGGAGAUGAUGCCUCCGAAACCCGUCGUCACCACCUUAUCCUUCCUCGCGAGUAUCUUUCCUCGAGCGAAGCUGGUCCCGACCAGGGAAAUUGCGGAGAUUGGGUUUCGGGAUCCGGUCAAGAGGGCGAAAUUGUGUGAGAAUCCGGUGGGGUAUGGCGGGAAGCCGAGGCUACAAACGGCGCUACAGAUGCUGAAGGCGACGCAGCGGAUUGGCCGAGACCUGGAUAAGGUUUCGCUGCCGUUUCUCCUGAUGCACGGUGCAGCGGAUGCGGUCACAGAUCCGUCGGUUAGCGAGGCGCUUUUCCAGCAGGCUUGUAGCGGGGAUAAGACUUUUAGGUUGUACGAGGAGUGCUGGCAUGGGUUGACAACAGCAGAGCCCGACGAUGUGACUGCGAGAAUCUUGGACGAUAUGGUUACCUGGUUACACGCCCGAAGCUUGCACCCGAGCCUCCUGCCCAGUUUCAGGCUCAAUGCAUAUGCUGCUGCCGCUGCAGCAGCUGCUGGGUGGUCCUCGGGAUUGGCUUCUCUUUCUGGUUCAACCACCCCCAUGUCAUCCGGAGCAGUCUCACUGGGAAUGGGGGGAAGAGUAGAUGCAGCAGCGGGAAGGGGGUUGGGAGGGGAUGUGUGGAGCAAGGAGAAGCAUUUGCCGUGGCAUUUGCUACCCUUCGAUGCUGACGAUGAGUCGUCCAGCACAAUAACCAGCUGA